AUGAGCUGGGAGAAAGACUGGUUUCUUGCUCUAUGCAAGACAAAUGCUUUGCUGGAACAGAUGCAUGAAAAGAUGGACUUGAUGAAUGAGAAAAUGGAUUUGACUGUUGUGGUUAAUAACAUCGAUACAGAAAUCAUCCGAGAACCAACCUAUCAAUCUGUACCGACUGGGCAAGUGCAGUUGACAAUGGAGGAGGAUGUGGCUGCACCUCAAAUAGUAGAAAUGGAGAGACCCGAGGCCCUACAGGAGCAUAAGCCACUGUUAUUGAAGAUUGAAGCUGGAGUGGGCCAAGGGGAGUCUGGAGAUGAGGAGACUUCUAGCUUUGGAGAGAUUCUGAAAUUUGAUUUUAAAUUCAUUUUGGAUUACAUCGAGGACUGUGGGGAGUGGGACUGUGGGGAAUGGGUGAGCUGGAUGAAGGGUGAUGGAGACAAUUUUGGGUUGGAAUCCCCCAGAGACCUACUCCUCAAUAAGAAAGGAAAGAAACUAAGACAGAGACCAACAAGAGACAAGGAAAAGGGCAAGCACAAAGAAGAUGAAGAAGAAUUGCAGAAGGGACAUGGAAGAGAUUUAAGGGCCUCGGACAUAAGGCUUCCAGGUUGA